AUGGUAUCAUUGCGGUCGAUUGCGACCGCUAUUGCGGGUGUGGCUUUGUUCUUUGAAACCUCACUAGCGAGCUCAGUUAAGCGCAACGCCGUUAACUAUAUAUCUUUCAUCGAUGAGCCUGUAAUCAACACACCAUCACACCGUAUACGCGCCGACUCGCACUUUGAUCUCCUAUUCUCACUACACAAUGGACAACAAAAGAUCCGCCUCAAGCUUGAACCGAACCACGACAUUCUGCACGAGAACUUCGCUAUUACUCACAUUGGCGCCGACGGUGCCGUGCGAUCUGUCGAGACAGUAAACCGGGAGGACGAAAAAGUAUUCAAGGGACAUGUGUUUAUUCAGCGAGUCGGACGGGAAGGUUGGACAAAUGCUGGCUGGGCAAGGAUAACGAUGCAUCGCGAUGGAAAGGAACCUGUUUUUGAGGGCACUCUGCGGAUCGACGGCAACCAUCACCAUAUCCAUACCGGCACCAACUACCAGCAAGUUCGACAUGAAGAUGACCCUAUUCUGUCAGCAUCAGAGGCUCGGGAUGAUGUUAUGGUUGUCUGGCGGGACUCGGAUAUCAUGUCUUUUAAUCCUACUGAGCUCAAGAGGCGUGGGGCUUCGGCUGCACUCUGUGACUCUGACACAUUGGGUUUCAACAGCAAGUUUCAUGAGCUCCAAGACUUUGACACAUUUGGCGCGGCAAACACCAAAUCCCUUUUCGGUCGCCAAUCUAUCGACACAGGCACAGGGAACGACGGUUCGAGUGUUGACCUCGAGUCUACAAUUGGUUCUGUGAACGGCUGUCCAACUAGCAGAAGGGUUGCCCUUCUAGGAAUCGCAACUGACUGUGGAUACACUUCCACAUUUAACUCUACUGAAGCUUUGAGGAAGAAUGUCAUAAGGAUGGUCAAUGAUGCCUCCGAAGUUUACGAAAAGAGCUUCAACAUUACGCUGGGUAUCCAGAACCUCACCAUCAGUGACGGAUCAUGCCCCGGAAGCCCAUCGGAUACAGCUCCUUGGAACCAGAAGUGUUCCAACAGCGUCGACUUGUCCGAUCGCCUUAACUUGUUUUCCGCCUGGCGCGGUCAGAAUGAGGACAGCAACGCCUACUGGACUCUUCUGAGCACUUGCAACACCGACUCUGCUGUUGGCCUUGCAUGGCUGGGUCAGCUCUGCCGCCCCGGGGCCUCAGCCAACUCCAACACUGGAGGUCGUAACGAGACAGUUGCUGGAGCCAAUGUGGUUGUCAAGACUUCGGCAGAAUGGCAGGUAUUUGCUCACGAGACAGGGCAUACUUUCGGUGCCGUCCAUGAUUGCACUUCUCAGACUUGUCCAGUCUCGUCCGAUGCGCAGUCGUGCUGCCCCUUGAGCAAGAGUUCGUGUGAUGCUCAGGGUGACUUCAUCAUGAACCCAUCUUCAAGGGAGGGAAUCAGUGAAUUCUCUCCUUGCACCAUUGGAAACAUCUGCUCAGGUUUCAGACGUAAUGUUAAUACGGAAUGCCUCACUGAUAACAGAAACGUCAAGACCAUCUCGGGCCAGCAGUGCGGUAAUGGAAUCGUCGAAGAAGGCGAAGAUUGCGACUGCGGCGGUGAGGCCAGCUGUGGCGAUAAUCCUUGCUGUGAUGCAAAGACUUGCAAAUUCAAGGGCCAGGCUGAGUGCGAUAACUCGAACGAAGAGUGCUGCACGGAUAAAUGCAAGUUCGCAUCUUCAGGUACUGUUUGUCGAUCGAGCACAGGCCCUUGUGAUCCCGAGGAGAAGUGCACAGGAAGCAGCGCGACAUGCCCCAAGGACAAACACAGCGACGAUGGCACAGACUGUGGUGAUAGCCUCCAGUGCGCAUCUGGUCAGUGUACAUCGCGAGAUGAGCAGUGCCGAGCAAACUAUCAAAAUACGACAUCCUCCAGUGUGAAGGCUUGUACCAACAGCUGUCUUUUGUCUUGCCAGGCAUCAGGCGAUGGCUUCUGUACGCAACGAAACCAAAACUUCCUCGAUGGUACACCUUGCGGCGGCGGCGGCCGAUGUCAGAAUGGUAGCUGCGAGGGCGCUUCGACGUGGAAGGAGAUUGAGAACUGGUUCAAGAACAACAAGAAUAUUGCCAUCCCCGUGGGUUGCGUUCUUGCUGCACUCCUCCUCUUGUCCAUCUCUUGCUGCUGCUUCAGCUGUAUUAAGCGACGCAUAGCUCGCCGCAGGGCAGCCAAACAACCAGCCAUGGGCGCGUGGCCAGGAUAUCCUCGGGGCCCUGUUCCAAACCAACAAGGCCCCUAUAUGUACGCCCCAAUUGAUAACAACAACGGCUGGCAGCAACAGAGGACGCGCAGUAUGAGAUAUGCUUAG